UAGAUGCCCUACUGGAUGUAGGGAGGGGGCUUCUGCUGACGCGAGGAGCCACUGUAGGGAGCUCCCGGCUCUGGGGUCUGGACACAGGGCUACCGCACAGGAUGCUUCCUCCUCGGCUGCUGGCUGCCACCUACUCAGACAUGCCCUGCUGUCAUCCUAACUCAUAUCACUGGAGAGCAGUAGCAACUCAGUUCCCUUAUCUGGAGCAGCCAGGAAGACGCCUGUCACCAGGCCAGGGCUGAGGGUAGAGGGAGGGGGACGAUCAAAGGCCGGGUCCUGGGGAAACCAGGGGGAGCAAGGGACUUCCUGCUUUCCUCAAUCACUUGAGAAACACUGUAGGGGUCCAGAGGAGCUUUCAAGUUGCUUUCUUUGGGUUAUUCCUUGACGACACUGAGACCAGUGACUUGUGGUAUAAAGGUCCCACGAGAGAAACAGUGGCUUCUCUUGCCCCUAAAGGUCAAGAUCGGCUUCUCAGAAGAAAGGCGGUCUCUCAGCAGCCCCAGACUAUUCCCACAGCUGCUUGGAUGGUGGCUCAGGAGGCAGUGCCCUGUCCCCCUGGAACUCUGUCAAGUGGACCACCCAGCCGUAUGAAGAGGAAAUAAUCCUUGGCUUCUCCACAGGGCAGCCUGAAGAUGGAUAAUUACGUGACAGCCCCAGAGGAUGACUAUGACGUCCUCAUAGAGGAUGAUCUGAAUAACGAUGAAAUAAAACUGUGCCACCUGUACGAAACCAAGAUCCUGUCAACCCGGGUGUUGCCGCAGCUCUACGCCACCGUGUUCCUGGCUGGUCUCCUGGGCAGUCUCUUGGUUGUGCUCAUCCUGGUAAAACAUAAAGGACUCAAGCACAUGGGAAAUAUCUAUUUCCUAAACUUGGCAGUUUCAAAUUUGUGUUUCUUGCUUGCCCUGCCAUUCUGGGCCUAUGCUGCGAUGCAUGGGGAGGUUCUCGGCAACUCCAUGUGUAAAAUUCUAGUCAUACUUUACUCCAUAGGCCUGUACAGUGAGGCUUUCUUCAAUAUCCUCCUGACUGUGCAAAGGUACCUAGUGUUUAUCAACGUGAACUUUCCCUCGACCACGAGGGCAAUGCACUGGGGCAUCAUCUCGAGUGUUCUGGCAUGGGUCUUAGCCACUCUGGUCAUUUUGCCUGAAUCCAUGUUUUACAAACCUCAGAUGGAAAGCCAGAAAUACAAGUGUUCCAUUAGCAGACCUCACUUCCUGCCGGCUGAAGAGACAUUCUGGAAGUAUUUUCUCACCUUAAAGAUGAACAUUUUGGGAUUUCUUUUCCCACUGUGCAUUUUUGUAUUUUGCUACGCGCGAAUGAGAAGAAUACUAAGGUCUGGAGAGAGGGGGAAUGGCCUUCACCAGCUGGUUUUCGCCAUAAUGGCUGUCUUCCUUCUGAUGUGGGGACCCUACAAUAUUGCACUUUUCCUGUCCACUUUCAAGGAAUAUUUCUCUCUGCACGACUGUAAGAGCAACUACAACCUGGACAAAAGCGUUCAGAUCCUUAGAAUUUUCGCGACCACCCACUGCUGCGUCAACCCCCUCCUCCACGUGUUCCUCGACACCACGUUCAGAAGACACCUUCGCCGCCUUUGCUCUGUGCAUGACAGCAGUCUGCUCCAGUCCACUGAGGAAUCUGCACGAGCUGCACCAAGGGAAGAACGUGACCAUUCUACCAAAGUGUAAACUAGCUUCUGUCAAAGGCAGAAUAAAUAUUGAUUUUUGUAUCGUU